UCGUCCCGCUGCAGCCGGUCACCAGCGAUGCCAGGCCUCAUCCUCCAGCUCCACAAUGCGCCGUCCCUCAGGCACCCGCUCCCGCCAGCCGCCCUCCGCCUCGCCGCGGCGCCUCCUCGGCACGCCCGCUUCGCGCGCGCGUCCCCGGCCGCCGCUGGCGCGAGGGCGAGGGCGGCUGCGGCGGCGGCGGCGGUGAGGUGCAUGGCGAACCCGAGGAGGGUGAAGAUGGUGGCGAAGCAGAUAAGGAGGGAGCUCUCCGACAUGCUGCUCACGGACAAGGUGCUGCAGUACGCGAUUCUGCCCGAGGCCGCCCUGGGAGCCGACCGCUACCUGUCGUCGCUCACCACCAUCAGCGACGUCGAGGUCUCUUCCGAUUUGCAGGUGGUUAAAGUGUAUGUAUCAGUCUUUGGUGAUGAAAGAGGAAGAGAAAUUGCAAUUGCUGGAUUGAAAUCAAAAGCUAAAUAUGUUCGUAGCAUGCUGGGAAGACGUAUGAAGUUACGUCUCACUCCUGAAAUACGUUUUAUAGAAGAUGAAUCUCUAGAAAGGGGAAGCAGGGUUAUUGCUAUACUAGAUAAAAUAAAGGAUGAGAAAAAGACAGCAGGAGGUCAGGAUGAAGAGCAAGUUGAGGAAUCGGAUCAUCCUCAAGAUGAAAGCGAUUGGGAAGGCGAGGAUCCCGAUGGAGACAUUAUUUAUGUGGAGUAGGUCUAACUGCUGCAGAGCAACAGCACUAUGUUGCUAGACUGGGCAUACUGCUGCUUAACUGGUUAGUUUGGUGUUGUCUUUGUAGGGAAGAGAAUUCUUUUUCUUCUGUUCAAUGACAAAAUACGAUAGCAAUCGUAUUGUAGGAUGCAGCUUAGCCAUAUUCUAGAUCUUGUUGGAACAAAUUGUUAUUUAUGUGCUAUAUUUUCAUAGGAUUGUAUAUGUUAUUUUCUAUUGAAGGAAUAGCCAAUGUGCCUGAAAUACUUGGCACUGUAUCUAUAUUAUUUGCCACUCUACUCAACCCUGCCCAUUUGGGGUGAAGAAUCUUCAGCUGAUAUUGAUGUGACCAUCUUCUUUUGCCAGCCUGAAAUGGGAAAGAAAUUAUCAGCCGAUUGAUUCCCUAGUUAAAUGCUAAACCCAAUAGAUAAGCUGAAUUUUUUUGUUGAGGCCGUUUGGCAGUCCAGGCCGUCAUUUUGUUGUAAUUGGUAAAUCUCAAGCAUCAAACUAAGAAAACGGUGAUUGUUCA